UUUAGGUGGAAUUAAGUAAAUGUUUCAAAUCCGAGGAUUUUGUGAAUUAGGGCAUAAACACAAGAAAAGCUUCGUUGCAGGUUAGAGGCAGGUCGACGAACGCCACAGGAAAUAGAAGGCAAAGGGAAGCGGAAGGCGAAACGCAGUAAUGGCUCCUCCCAAAGCUGCUGCAAAGAAGGCUGAUCCUAAAGGACAGGCACAUAAGGCUGCUAAAGCUGUGAAAGCUGGAGCAAUUACAUUGAAGAAAAGAACCAAAAAGAUUCGAACAUCGGUAACUUUCCACCGACCAAAGACACUCAAGACACCUCGUAAUCCUAAAUACCCUCGUCUCAGUGCACCUCGCAGGAACAAGCUUGACCAGUAUGAGGUUCUCAAGUACCCUUUGACUACGGAAUCUGCAAUGAAAAAGAUAGAAGACAAUAAUACACUUGUCUUCAUUGUUGAUGUUCGGGCAGACAAGAAGAAGAUUAAGGAUGCAGUGAAAAAAAUGUAUGACAUUCAGACUAAGAAAGUCAACACCUUAAUCAGGCCUGAUGGAUUGAAGAAGGCAUAUGUAAGGUUGACCCCCGAUUAUGAUGCAUUGGACGUAGCUAACAAGAUUGGCAUCAUCUAAAUCUCUACAGGCUUCAUCUUAGUUUAGGUUAACUUUGUUGCAUUUCUAAGUAAUCUGUGUUUUGUACUUUGCCCUUAGUAUGGUAAAGACCAAAACUUGUACAUUGCUGCUUAGUAUCACUAUCACCUUCUGCAGGUGGAGCAAUAUGCAGUUUUGAAUUUUGCAGCAGCGUUUCCUUUCAAAUAUUAUUAGUCUUCAAAUUCUUAUUUUUCUAUCAUUUUUAAUGAGAAGCAUACCAAUUGAGCAAAAAAUGUACCUUACAUUUGCUGCGUUGCCUUUUCAACCAUAUGAAUUUUGCAGAUACAUUGUAUUAUGAAUCAAUUAUGGUCCUUAGUUUCCA